CGAUCAUCAGCUCGAUCAUCAUCUGUGGCACAGAUUCUGUGCGGAACUGCCGAGAGAGAAAACUGUUAAUUGGCCUGACCAGGCACAACACAAGACAAGAUUUUUUGUAGGCAUUAGAAUUUAUGAUAAUUGUGUUUAUUACACAAUUUGUGUACACGUUACUUACUAUUUGCUUAAUAAUUAAUUAUUAGUAAGCAGAUUAGUUACAAAAGUUCUGGUCAAAAUAUUAAGGUGUUAAAGUCUCUCUGAAGUUGUAAAAAUAAUUGCAGACGAAUUUGCAGUUCGCUAUUAUUUUGUUUUCAGUCGGAGUUUAACUUAAUGCUUAAAGUGUUAAAGUAAGAAGGGUGUGGCGAUUAAUAAUUUAUAAAGAUGGCUGGAAUGAUCCAAGUCGUGGACGAUGGGAUUUGGCGAACUCAGAGCUUUCGACAUAAUAUGGUGGCUAAAAUUGAGGAGGCGAUUCUACAUUGUGGAGCCCCAACAAACAAAAAUGCAGCCGAAAUGGAAAACCAAGUCUAUUCCAAAGCCACGACAAAGAAUGAAUACCUAAGUUUCGUGGCGAGACUAAUCCUUCACAUUAAGGAAAUGGGGAACAAGGGUAAACCGCCAGGUACCCCACUCAACCAACUGGGUGGUGGGGGUGGAGUGAACGUUCUGAACAAUCAAAUAAGCCAGUUAAACAACAUGGGAGGAGGGGCAGUAAUGCAUCAAGGAAUGGGUCCAGGCCAGCAACAAAUGGUCCAAGGAAUCGGACAAGGUGGAAUGCAGCAACAACGACAACUCCAACAGGGUGGGGGGAUGGGAGGAGCAAUAAAUCAACAGGGUGGCGGGAUGGGAGGGGGGAUAAAUCAGCAGGGUGGUGGGAUGGGGGGAGGAGGGGGGAUAAAUCAGCAAGGUGGUGGGAUGGGAGGAGGAAUAAAUCAACAGGGUGGCGGGAUGGGAGGGGGAAUAAAUCAACAGGGUGGCGGGAUGGGAGGAGGAAUAAAUCAGCAGGGCGGUGGGAUGGGAGGAGGAGGAGGAAUAAAUCAGCAGGGUGGUGGGAUGGGAGGAGGGGGAAUAAACCAACAGGGCGGCAUGAUGGAUCUUCAAAAUACACCUGGGACACUUAUAGGUCAACCAACCAGACUUAUGACUCCUAUGCUAAACACUGGUUUAGGAAUGCUAGAACGGCAGGGAGGAGGAAUGAUGGUGUCGCAGGCUGGAGGAAUGCCUGGUCCUGGAAUGAAUGUCAAUAUGGCCCCACAGGGCCAGCAACAAAAUUCUCAACAAAUGCAACAGCUAGUGCAGCAACAACCGCAGGGUCAAAUGAUCAGUCCUAACUUUAUGAACCAGCAACAGCUUCAGUUGCAAUCAGGAAUGCAGUCGUCCGGAAUGGGUCCAGGACAAAUGCAAGGAAAUGCAGGAGGGAUGCAUAAUCCACAAAUGCAACAAGCUUUACUGCAUCAGCAAAACGAUCAGCAACAAUCUGUCGGGGUUGGAAGAGGGAUGAGAAUGUCAACACUUCAACAAAUGCAGCAUAUGCCGAGGAAAACCAUGCAACAACAACGGCUCAUGAAUUCAGCGGCGAUUGGAAUUUCUCGACCUGAGCAUGGGGCUAAUUAUCCCAUGAAUAGGUUAAUCUAUUUUAAUCAACAGACGGAAGGCGUGGGUGGUGUCAUGUCGAACCAAAUGUCGAACCAAUUCCAAGGUGGUCAACAGGGGAAUAUACGCUCGGGUGGACCGUUCCUACCUCCGAAUCCCAGCCCUGGAAUGCCUAUGGGAAGUGGACCAACUCCAUCACCUAACUCUAUGAAUCAAGGGCAAAAUCAAUCUGGAUUUUCGCCUCAGCCUUUACAUCCACAUGGGAGUCCGGCACCAAUGCCUGUUGGCAUUCGACCUUUCGGAGGUCAAAUGAUUCCAUCCCCAAUAAUGAAUGUUGGCACGCCGAUGCCAAUGGUUCCGACACCUAGUCCAAGAAACCAAGAAGAAUUGGCGUGUAUGAAGAAAAUUGAAGAGUUGAGACGUUACACGGACAUGAUUCAGAGAAUGAUAAUCAAAUUAGGAUUAGACGAUGCGGAAAAGUCUAGCAAGAUGAAGAAAUUAUUGGAUAUACUAAUGAAUCCUGUGAGGCAAGUUUCAAUGGACAUUCUUCUCAAGUGUGAAGCUGCCUUAAAGAAAAUGGAAAAGCAACAACAUGAAACUGGUCCACCUUCACAACCAACUAUGCCUCCAAAAGAUCACAUUUCUCCCUUCUUGCAAAUUCAAGAGGCUAUUUUAACGACUAUGAAGAAUGGAUCUGCAAGCCACACAUUCCUUCGGUCAUUCAGGCCUAGCAUUGAAGCCUUGACUGGACAAUCCGCAGUAGGUUCAGAUAUUCCCGAUGAGGACAUAACAGAGGAUGAACCAAAGCCCGAAAUUCCCAUGGUUUUGCAACGAGAGCUUAAAAUGCUUGGACGGAGAUUUCCCGUAAAGAUUAAACCACGUGUGAAUAAAUUACCAAUGCAGCUGCAUGCUUCUCUCGGCGAUCCAAAACUGCCAAAAGUGCCUCCUCUUAAAAUGGUCAUUCCAAUAGAAUAUCCUGAUGAAAGCCCCAUUCUUAUUGACUUUAAAACGGAUUAUGAUUCCACACCGUUUUUGAAGUCAAUUGUCCAAUCUUUCAAAUCUCGGAAGGUGCUUCUGCCUACAAGGUUCACGGUCUAUGAACUUCUCAUCUCCUGGGAAAUGAGUGUUCGACAAGUUGCAAACCCAGUAGGUAAACAAAAGCCGUUGAAAAGACUGCCAAAACUUACCCCAGCUGCCGGACGUCUUGGGUUAUCCUUUUUAUAAAAGUUUGAGAUUAUCAAUUACUAAGCCUGUCAUAGAUAAAUACAGGAGACAGUCAUCAAAACCCAGGUUUAAUGCAACCUAACAAAAUUAAUUAUAAAUAAAGUGCUAAAAAAAAUUAACUUUCAUUAAAUCAUUAAUGUUAUAAGAGUCACCCAUCUUGACCGGAUAUCCUCGUGCAAACUUGUCUCUGAACUAGUACCUCUUUCACAUUAUACUUGAAUUUAGAAGCUUGAUUAUGCCCUUAUGCCCUAAAAAUGAUGACUUGGAAAUGCUAUUCAGCUCUGAAAUUUUAACUUAAGCUCGUAAUUUAAAUAACCGAGAUUUAAAUUGUACAUAUUAAUUGGAAAUUACCUUUGGCAUGAACAAACAAAAUUCUAAUUCUUUUUCUGACUUCUACUUACAUACUUACCAUCACUUACAUUCUAUAUUCAUUAAUGUAUUAGCUAUUAGCACUAUUUUAUGCUUUGCAUUGUACUUUUUAUAUUUCAAACACAUGAAAACAUAUUCACAGAUUCAUUAUUAUAUGCUACGGUCCCGCAAUAAUGACAUUUAAUAAACUUGUUGAUGUUGGUCA